AUGACAGGAGAGCCUUCUUUCUGCAUUAAAGGAUGUGGCUUCUUCAGCACGGCACAGACGAAGAACCUCUGUUCUAAGUGUUACAACGAUUUCUUAAAAGAUGAGUCUGCCAGAUACUUGGCCAGUUUGAGCUUAAACACGAAAACAGCGGUGGUGGCGGAGGAGACGCAAGAGGUGACGGCGACGGAGGCGGUUGUGGUAAAGAAGAAGAAGAGUUGUAGUAGUAGAUGCAAGGCGUGCAUGAAGAAGGUUGGGUUGCUAGGGUUUCAAUGUAGAUGCGGCGACGUGUUCUGCGGCUCUCACCGUUACGCGGAGGAGCAUUCUUGUCCAUCUGAUUAUAAAACUGCCGCCAUGAACGACUUAAUUAUCCAAAAUCCGAUUAUCAAGGGGGAUAAAUUGAAUAGACUCUAG